GAACGGCUCCCUACCAGCUACAUCGAAACCCUCAGUAGCAAAGAUAAGACGGACGCGUUGCGCGCUUGCCUGCUUGUGUACAUCCUCACAGCUACAACCAUUGUUCCCCGACAAUUUCAGCUAGAAGCUGUUCUCGCAACGUUGAACGGCCGCGACAGCAUAAUUACAGCUGGUACAGGCUGUGGAAAGACCUUGUGUCUCAUCAUUCCUAAUCUACUUCGUCCGGACACUAUCAGUGUGACAAUUUCACCUUUGAAACGUCUCCAGAUCACACAGGUCAAUGAAUGCAUGAAAUACGGUAUAUCUACAAUAUCAAUUAAUGAAGACACCCCGAACGACACAUCACUUUGGCAG